CCACCACCACCACCACCACCACCCAUCUUCCUGACCACCUGAUUUUCCGUUUCAUCGUCGUCCACCAACACAUCUCUUGCACCAAAAACCUCACCCCUCGCCAUGCUGGCACUGCGGCGCAUCCGCCUGCGUCUGUCAAAGAGCACGGUACUCCUCUCGGCCGUCCUCGUCACCUUCUUCCUCGUCGUCUAUCUGUCAGAUUCGGGCCGGGGUACAAGGCACGCUACUGCCCAGGCUGGCAAAGGCAGUCCCAAGGGUGCCGUGGACGAGCUCGACGACUACGACGACGACAGCCAGCGCACGUUCAAGUGGAACAUCUUCAAGCCCGACCCCAUUAUCGCAAAGGGCUUGACGUACUCUGCCGACGGUCUCGUGCAUGGCUGGGACAAGAUCCACGCCGCGCUUGUCCGCUCCAAAGCCGCAACGUCGGACAAGCACCCUAUUCGCGAGCUCAUGAAGGAUGGCCGCAAGCGAUAUGACAGCAUGCUUAAGCGGCAAUCCAAAACGCUCACUCAGGCGGUGGCAGAGUACAAGAAGCGGUAUGGGCGCCAGCCGCCGCGUGGCUUCGACGCGUGGUUCCAGUGGUGCAAGAAGAACAAUGUCAAGAUUAUCGACGACUAUGACCAGAUCAACCGCGACAUCGAGCCGUGGCUAGCACUCUCUCCGGAGGAGUUCAAGAAGCGUGUCAACAAAAUUGGCGAAGAGCCAACGCACCGAUACAAGAUCGUGCUGCGGCCCAACGGCAAGUCGACCCUCACGGGCGACCGCGAGGACUACCCCCGCCCGAAUGAGCAGUUCAAGCAGCUCCUUCCGCUGGUGCCAUAUCUGCCAAACGACGUGACGCUGUGGUUCUCAGACCACGACAUGGCCAACUGGAUCCUCCCAGCCGACUACCGCCAGGCGGCUCUGGACGCUGUGGCAAAGGGCACGUACCUGACUCCCAAGGAGCUUCAGAAUCUCGAGGACGGGGACGACCAUGAUUCUGAGGGCAAGCAGAUGGGCCUGCUGGCCUCGUGCGCCGAGGACUCUCCUGCACGCCAGCUCACCAACUCGGCGUACGAGGGCCUCAAGGAGGGCAAGUUUGACCCAGUCCCCAGGACCGAAACAACAUUCAUGUUCGACCCUGCCGGCAGCAUGGACUACUGCAACUACCCGCAGCUGCUCAAGCUCCAUGGCGCAUUCACGUUCCCGUUCCGUCGCGGGACUCAGCUCCGGCCCCUGCUCCACCUGUCCAAGCUGUACCAGAACGGUGACAUGAUGAUCACCCCUCUGGAGGCGUACUGGAACCACACAUCGGCACUGGGUGUCGGCCAGACCUCGGAUUGGUCGGAAAAGACGAUCGACAAGCUGUUCUGGCGUGGCUCCACCACUGGCGACGCGUACACACAGCCCAAGGACGGCCGUCCCGCCUUUGACUGGCGCCUGAGUCACCGCCCACGGCUCCACUUCUUCGCCAACCGCGAGGACGGUGAGACCAGCGUCUGGGUCGAGCGCGACAAUCAGCUUCUCCCCGAGGAGUGGAGCAACCAGCAGCUCAACAAAAAGUACUUUGACAUUAAGCUGUCUGGCCGGCCUCACCAGUGCGAUCCCGAUGGCACUUGCGACGAGAUGGCCAAGGAGAUCAAGUUUGGGAGCCGUGUCGAGCCCGAAGAGGCGAUCAAGUACAAGUAUGUGCUUGACGUUGACGGCAACGGCUGGUCGUCGCGUUUCCAUCGUCUGCUGGCGUCGGGCAGUGUUGUGUUCAAGUCGACAAUCUACCCCGAGUGGAUGUCGGACUGGCUCACACCGUGGGUGCACUAUGUGCCCGUGCAGAUCGACUACUCGGACGUGUACGACAUCAUGUCGUUCUUUGUUGGACCACCCGACGCGUCGGGACCGGGGCUCAACGACGACCUCGCAAAGGAGAUUGCGGCCAACGCCAAGAAGUUUACGACCGAGCUGUGGCGCUGGGAGGACAUGCAGGCGUACAUGUUCCGCUUCAUUCUCGAGUACUCGCGCCUGGCGUCCGACGACCGCGACGGAUAUGUGUACCGAGGCUGAGCCAGACGGACACUACAUUAGAGUAACCUGGGUCCGGGGUAUCGUAGAGAUUGUGG